AAAUAAAAGUGAGUCGUGACUUAAUGGCCAUUGGAAAAUGUGGGUCCCAGGUUGAGAGCAUUUGACAACCUCUGCUCUAAAAGGAGCUAAGGUGCAGGAUAUUCCUGCACACUUAUCUGCAACAUUGAACAUUUGCAAGUUCAUGCUGGUUAGACCCACUAUGAUGCUCUGUUCUCUCACUGUUAAGCAGGGUUAAUCAUUUGUUACUCAACUGGGACUUUUGGGGGGUUUUGAGCAGUGACGCCAUGUGUUUAAAUGUUUGGUCUUGCGGUAAACAAACUGAAAAGGAAACAUCUGAGUGCCUUUGGCUAAUGAGUAAUUUACACACGGCAUCUAGUCUUAAAAUAUAGCGACCAAGUUUUGAAGUAUGAUGCUAUUUGUUGACCUAAAAUGAAGCAUCUGGUUGAUUCCACAGCAUGAAAAUCAUCAGAUGUCAUCGGCUACUUCCUUGUUCGUGUUAUUCAAUCAGUGACUUUAUCACAUAAUUGUUAACUUAAGUGCUUUUUCGUCAUUUCAAAAAAGGAAGUUCUGUAAUGAAAUACAAUGGAUUACUUGGACUAAAUAUGCAUCUGAACAAGCAAGAAAGGAGGUUGCACAUUAAAUAAACAAACAAAUACCAUACCUAGUCAUUUGUAGGGGCGGGGGAAAUAAUUAAUUCUUAUAUGCUUCGCGAUGCGGACAUUGACGAUUAUGAAUGGAUUAAUAAAUGUAAAUAAUCGAUGCUGACAGAACAAAAAAAUGGAACACAAAGACGGAAAGUGUAAGUGCCACCCGGACAGUUUAUGGUGGUGCACCUAAGAUGCUACCAGAAUGGCUGUGCGUAAAUUCAAACCUGCAGGCGCUGGAUUUAAAGCGAGCCUGUGGAAGCACUUUGGCUUUCACGUAGUUGAAGGUAAAAAUGAGCUGGACAAGAGCAAGACAAUAUGCAAGCUUUGUCAUACAAGCUUAAAAUAUUUUGGGAACACGACAAAUAUGAAAAAAACACUUUUCCACUCGAACAAGGAGGAAAAACAGCCAGCUGAAGUUGCUGCCGACCAGAGAACGAUCGAGGGCUCCCAUGCACACUGUAACUAUAAGUCAUGUGACAGCAAUGAGACGAAACCUUUAAUAACAACAACAGCAACAACAGUCACACUUGCUUCACCGCCAAGUUGCAUUUUAUCCCUUGGGGGCAUCUCUGGAAAUGGCUCACUUUCCGGCUUGACCCCUGGAGCCGUGUAUCAAAUCUUCCUCAACUGCUCCAGCUGCUGUCAAGAAGUCACGACGAAUCCUCGUGAAGCCACCAAUCUCACUGUCAUCAAUGUGACAACAUCAUCCAUAACUGUGAGCUGGACCAAGCCAGAAGGAAACUGCUCGUCCUACGUGGUACACUGGACCGAUGGCAGAGUUCAACAAGACGAAAAUGUUAUUAUGACAACGAAAGACAUCACGGGCCUCACGGCUGGGACCAUGUACAGUAUAUUUGUAACUGCAGUGGCAGAUGAUGGCGUGACUGAAGGGAACAAUGCAACUGUGUCUCAGUACACAAGACCAGGUAUUGUUCAUGAACACUCUGUUCACACCAACACGUCUUCAAUAUCUCUAAACUGGGUCCUGCCUGACGGUGAAGACUUUACGUACAAGGUGAAGUGGGACAAUGGAGGAGAGCAGCGAAUCACACACACAAGUGACACCUAUGCUGUGCUAUCAGACUUGGUGUCUGGUACAACGUACACAAUCACAAUUGUUUCUGUUGCUGGAGACAAUAAGACAGAGGGAGAUCCCUACACAUUCACCGCAGUCACAAAGCCUGCAGUAGUCAGGAAUCUGAGAACCCCUGAUGUCACAACAUCAUCCAUAUCUCUGAGUUGGACCGACCCAGACGGCAACACGACCUUGUAUAAACUGCGGUGGACGUCAGAGGGAAAGACGGGCAGUGACAACACCUCUGACACCACCUUUACCAUCAAAGAUUUAAUCCCUGGAAACCGCUAUGACAUCACAGUGGCUGCUGUCGCAGGAAAUCCGCCAAACACAGAAGGAGAAGAAACCCCGAUUAGCACCUUUACAAGGCCUCAGAGGCCUGGAAACAUAACAGCUACACCAGGAACCGACAACCUAAACAUUGUGUGGACCUUGCCUCAACCUGGAAGAGCAGAUACCUAUGUGGUGAACAUCUCCAAUAAGAAUUUGUUAUAUUCCUCGAGCAAUAUAACAACGGCCAAAACAGCUUAUUUUAGUGGUCUGUAUCCCGGAAGAGUUUUUCUUGUCACAGUCACUGCUGUUGCUGGAAACCAGAACAACACAUCCAACCACAUCUCACUUGCGACCAUUCCUACACCACCCAGAUCACUACAUAUCAGUCACAGGACAAGUUCUUCACUUCACCUACAAUGGGAGACUCCCACCAGCAUGGAGGGUGCGCCGCUUAUCAGUUACCUCAUCAUUUACCAAACAAGAGAGGGUGAAAUGCAAACGACUAACACCAGCGAUGACAGCGCAGUGCUGUCACAGCUCACCUCUGGAACACUGUACAAUACAGAAGUGAAAACAGUCGGACCCCAGCGUUUGAUGAGCUCGCCUGUCCAUAGAGCUGGUUACACCUUGCCCAACCCUGUGUUGAACCUUGCGGCCAGACCUUUGAACACAACUUCAAUAAAAGUGGCAUGGUCGUACCCGCAGGAAGUAAAAGCAGAAUACACGUACUGUGUUCAAACCUACAACGCUAAAGGAACCCUUGUGAAAGAACUAAAAGUCAGUGAUAACAGCACUCAUGUGCCUGACCUGGAACCAGGAACUAGAUACAACGUCAGUGUCACAGCAUUAGCAGCAGCAGGGAGUGAAUCCACGGCGGAGCAGACAUUCACUUACACAAUGCCCAAAGCCGUGACUGGACUCAUGGUGAAGGAUGUCAACACAACAGCUAUCACACUGAAGUGGCUCAGGCCAAGUGACCAUAAGGACUCCUACUCCUACCUGCUGACAGUGUUCCAGGAUGGCACAAUGCUUCACAAUGCUUCGACAAAAACAGAAACCUACACUUUUUCCGGCCUGACCCCUGGAGCACCGUACAGUUUUGAGGUGUUCACAGUGGUGGAGGGGGUGAAGUCCACAGAGGAGCGCACAUUCAGCUACACAAGGCCUCUGGCAGUUUCUGACAUCAGCGUGAUCGGGACAACGACGAAUAUGUCCGUGUCCUGGAGUGCUCCAACGGGGCAGGUGGAUUCCUACGCUGUCCUGUUCCAGACACACUCCGAAGUUGUGAGUGCAAAGACAGAUCUGAGCAAUGCCACUCGAAGCACACUAUUUGUGGACCUGAAAGCAGGAGUUCUGUACUGUGCGCUGGUGAUAAGCAAAAGCGGACCUUUAGAGAGUAACAGUACCAGUGUCUGCAACGCAACUUUUCCAAACCCUCCUGGAAGCAUCAGUGUUGCGUCGCAGACUGUCCAUUCCAUUAACUUCACCUGGGCCUUACCAGAUGGUAUGGAUCAAAGUCAGUACAACUUCAGCGUGUCCAGUGUCAGCGGCUCGUCAAUAACCACAAACAACUGGUUUAUGCUGACCAAUCUUCAAUCUGGAAGCCAGAACUCUAUUUCUGUUGAAACGAUGGCUGCCCUGGGCUAUAAAAGCACAGCCGUAACAGCAAAUAAUUAUACAAGACCGUACUCGGUGACCACGCUGAGGGCGGCGGAAAUUAGCACAGAGGCGGUAACGUUGGUGUGGGAGCAGCCAGAAAACAAGCCUGACUACUCGUACGUGGUGCAUGUCACCCACGAACUGUACAAUCUACCAUCUGAAGUGGUCUCUAGCACCUUGUACAAUAUCUCCGGCCUUCUCUCUGGCAACAUGUACACCUUCGCUGUCUCCACACAAGCAGCAGACGGCACUCGGGCCGCUCCACGGGUCAAGUCUUUCUUCACACGACCGUUUGAGAUUACAGAGUUGGAGGCUCACACCAUAAACUCAACAGCGAUACGUCUGAUUUGGACGAAGCCACCGGAACACAAGCCUGAGUAUACGUAUCGGGUGCAGACAUCUGGCUGUGGCGCUCAUAACAAAACGGUGGAUGACCCAGUUGCACUGAUCUCAGGACUCCAUCCGGGGACACUGUGCAAUUUUGCUGUUUUUGUCCAAGCGGCCGAUGGCAUAGAGGGGACAGCACGGCACAUCUCUCAGUACACAAAACCUGAGACGGUACAACCCGGUAUCUCCAGUCAAGGCUCCAAUAUGUCCGUUCUGGUGUCAUGGAUGAGCCCACCUGGCAAUGUAGAGCACUACACUGUUCAUCUCAACGCAUCCACCGUGGAUUCUAGGCAAAAGCUGACGCCGUCUACCAGCAACUCUGUCCUCUUUGAGGGUCUGUCUGCUGGAAGCCUCUACAGCGCCAUGGUCAUGUCCUUCAGUGGACCAUUCAAUGCAUCAUCACAAUUUGUUACUAAUGCUACCUUUCCAAACCCACCCGGGCCUAUGGAGAUCCUGACAAAGACAACACACUCAAUCGAAGUAAGGUGGUCAGAAGCUCCCUUGAUGGCUGAAGGAUCAUUCUACUACCAGCUGACAAGUACGCCGUCCGAGGGACAUGGAUGCGUAAAUACGACCAACACCAGUCAUACAUUUGAGCCCCUGCUUUCUGGGACGCCCUACAACAUUUCCAUAACAACCGUGGGGGUCAUGGGCUUUAAGAGUGAAAAGGUCCAUUCCUCUUUGGUCACCACAAAACCUCUGCGUGUGAAGUUUCUCAACACGUCUGAGGCGGAGGAAAACAUCACGGUCAUGUGGACUCGCCCAGAUGAAUACAAGAAAGGCUAUGUUUACAAUUUGACAUGGCAAAGCUCUGAUUGGACGAUGAGUGGCGACAGUGUCACUAGGCAAACGGUGCAGACCAUCCAAAACCUGGAGCCUGGCAGCAGCUAUAACUUUACUGUUGUCUCAGAGACUCCGGAUGGAACUCAGAGUGCUCCCACAUCUAUUUCCUCAUGCACAGAUGCAAGCCCAGUGAGAAAUGCAGCAUGCGAAGGCCCAGACAAAAUAAAUGCAGAAAUCGUCCUGUCGUGGACUAAGCCGAGGGGCCGGUUUCAUGGCUUUCGGAUCACUGUAAAUAACACGGAAAUGAUCAUCGGGACAAGUACUUGCAAUCAAAGCUGUAGCCGAACCAUCUCCAACCUCAGCCACUCCACUACAUACCAGCUGGUGAUGGAGACGCUGAGCUGUGGACAACCUGCCACUCCGAUGUCUCUCCACUGCAAGACUGGCAUCACAGACCCACCAAUUCCAAUAAACGACGAGUCACUGACGAGCGUGGACGACAAAGUACACAACAGGUUCACCAUUCAGAUCAACUCCAGCCUCCUGCUGGACACUCAUGGGCCAAUUACUCAUUUUGGUGUGCUGGUAACGGACAACAUAGACGGUGCUGACACAUCUAAUGUGAGCCAGUACUUGGGGAAAACAUAUCAACAGUGGCUCGACAAAGAGACCCCAGUAUACCUUGCAACAGUCCAAAGGAGAAAGCUUCUGUCACGCAACACAGAGACCAUUUUCUUUGUAGACAUAGGAGAUGGUUCCCAAUGGGAGGGCUACACCAAUGGUGCACUUAGUGCCAAUAGGAGAUACCAGUAUGCCAUUGUACUGUUCACUCGAUUGAGUCUCCAAGAUAGCCUAGUGAAGGCAGGGUUAUCAGGGUCACUGGCCUCCAUCACUAAUUUCUAUCCUCCAGUCAAGCUCCCACAGGACCCAGUCGUCAUCAGUGUGGCUGUCGGAGCAACGCUGGGGAUUUUCUGUGUUCUCUUCAUCAUUCUUAUCGGCUUCAUUGUCUACUGGAAAAGGUUAUCCAGUAAAGAAUCGUCAGACAUUCAGAUUCAUUCCAUGAGAGGCAAAGUGAGUGCAGCAGUGAGCGUGGAGGACUAUGAAGCUUACUACAGGAAGCAAAAGGCAGACUCCAACUGUGGUUUUGCUGAAGAGUUUGAGGACAUAAAGCUCGUGGGUACGUGUCAGUCAAAAACAAAUGCACUGACACAAGAAAACAAGGCCAAGAAUCGCUACAACAAUGUGCUUCCCUAUGAUUCCUCUCGUGUGAAACUCUCUAUCAUUCACGGGAGCCCGCAUGACGACUACAUCAAUGCUAACUACAUGCCGGGUUACAACUCCAGGAAGGAGUUUAUCGCAGCUCAGGGUCCUUUGGCCGGCACUGUCAAGGAUUUCUGGAGGAUGAUCUGGGAGAAGAAUGUGCACACCCUGGUCAUGCUGACACGCUGCAACGAACAGGGAAGAAUAAAAUGUGAGCAGUACUGGCAUUCAGGAAGCAAACACUUUGAAUAUAUCUCAGUAACAACAACCUCUGAAAUACCACUGGAUGACUGGACCAUUCGGGACUUUAACAUUAAAAAUGUGAGAACAGCAGAGACUCGUUCAGUUCGCCAGUUCCACUUCACAGCCUGGCCUGACCAUGGAGUACCACAAACCACUGAGCUUCUCAUCAGCUUCAGACACCUGGUCAGAGAGCACAUGAACCAGUAUUCCACAAACUCUCCCACUGUGGUGCACUGCAGUGCUGGGGUGGGCCGCACAGGCACCUUCAUAGCCAUCGAUCGUCUGAUCUUCCAAAUUGAAAUUGACAACGUUGUGGACGUGUACGGAGUUGUCCAUGACCUACGCAUGCACCGCCCCCUCAUGGUGCAGACGGAGGACCAGUAUGUGUUUUUAAACCACUGCGCAAUGGACAUCAUCCGAUCAAGAACUGGAACUAAUGUGGAUCUAAUCUACCAAAACACGGCUGCGCUCUCCAUUUAUGAGAAUGUGGAACCCAAAAAAGGUUUUUAUAAAUACGGAUGCCACGAUGCAUAAGCCCAGGAAAUAUUACAAAUAUGGAAUAUUGGAAAAAGGGAGAACUUCUCGAAAUCACCAUUGGUCUUGGAGAUAGACCCUACAUCGAUGUAAAUUGUUUACCAAAUGUUAAAUUGUGUGGUUGUUUUUUUAUAAGAUAUCUGAAUGAUGUAGCUGUCCACUGUAAUUAUUGCUGUUGCUCAGGUAUAUUGGACACUGUAUGGGUAUUAUUACUGACACUUGUAAAGUGUAAAAAGAAACGUGUCAUCAUUGGUGGAGAUGGUGGUUCCGUGCCGCCGCAAUGUGGCUUUAAACCAGCAGAUGGCAUCCAAGUACACCCUAGUUGAAAGAGCUGGACUUGUCUUCCCACGUAAACAUAAGUGAAUAUAAUAUUAGCAUUUUUUAAUGGCUUUGCACCUAUUGAAGUUACUUUUGGUUAUUUAUAUACACUAAUGUGAAUAAUGCACUGGAUGCAUUUUUUUUUUUUUUUUUUACUUGGCCAGUUUGGAACAUUCAUCAUUCCUGUAUUAUGGUGUCAUACAAUUUUUUAUGUAUUUCACAUUACUCUGCACAAUAAUGUGUUACUUCCUGCUGCGUAUCAACAACAUCCCUAUUUGUAUAUGGGAUUAACAUUUUUUUAUGUUUGUUUUUGCGUUUGUCUGUGCUAAAAAUGAUCAUUUUUCAUUGGACCGGUACAUUCUUUGGAAGCAUUAUUCCAGUGUAAUUAAAGAUGUAUGGAAGCACUUGUGUUUUUAAGAAAAUACAGGACACAGUCACAAAGAAUGUGUACAAUGUCUUUAUUAUUAUGAUUUGUUUUCUUUUUAUGAUGUGUUAUGAGAUGCACGCUGGUGCAAUGCAAACCUGUCAAUGUUCUUUGCGUGGCAAUGAAGCAAAAUAGGAUUAAGCGGACUUUUUGUUUGUUUAUGGCUCUCCAGUGUGUUUGCUGUUGUCUUUCAGUGUGUUUUAGC